AUGAAGUACUCACUUGCUUUCUCCGCUAUUGCAGCAUCCGCUUUCGCAGCCACGAUUCCUGCCGACGCACACCACCACAUCCAGCGUCGUGCCGCUGAUCCCCAGCCCGUCUGCAGCUUCGAAAACCAUACCUUCAAGGAGGACAGCAGUGCCUGGGACAGCAUCAGCCCGGCGACUUCGAAGCGCGACUUGAAAGUGAAGACAUGGAAUCCCCCUAGCAACAUUGCCGCUGCGCUCGACUCCGUUUGGGACCAUGAAAUGAAGACAUACUCCAACCCCUUGGGCUUUAAGAACUACGGAUACGAUCAGGUCCUUGCGGCCAAGGGCAAGAUCAACUACUGCGUUCGCUGGGAAGGCAAUGCGAAAGUGACUGAGGCUCAGCGCACAAAGGUCGAAGUUGCGAUUCGCCGGGCAUUUAACAAGUGGAUGGCAGUUCUUGCAGGAUUCGAGGGAUGGCCGUAUGCGACUGUAGAUGUAAACGUCGUCGGCUGGGCAGUCAACGAUGCUUCGAUUCUUCAGGGCGAUGUUUCGAAGAUCGAUGUUUACACUGAUAAGGACGAUGGUGGUGUCCCUCAGUGCGCCGAGUCUUGCGGCCGGUUCUUCAACCAAGAUGGCAACUACGCAGGAUGCGCCAAGGGUGCUGCUCGUCAUUAUGACCAAUCUAUUUGGCUUACUCCCGGACUCGGUGGCGGUGCAGGUGGUGACUGGGGUCAGCGCGUCGCCCAGGAGUAUUUCAUGGAGAACCUCGACUUGGAGAACCUCCACAUUGUCCUCCACGAGCUUGGCCACACCUUCGCGCUCGAUGACUUCUAUGACUGGACCCCGGCCGGUGUAACCAACUUCGUCAUGAACGCUGGUAGUGCGACCGAGAUCACCGAGUUUGAUGCAUGGAUGGCACGUGACUGGUGGAGGCACUUGAAGACCCAGCGUGGCUGGUAA